CCAAACUGCACGAUGAACAUCUUCAGGAACUUGAUAGGCAAGGUGUGGCAGGACACCGAGGCCUCAGAAGUCGUGAAGAUAUCUAGUGGACAACUCUACCUCAUUCGUGCUGGGACGAUACGUUCCGACCGAGAGUGCAUAUAUAAUGAUGCAAUGGCGACGGUUCGACGGGUACCUUCUGUCGAACAUCAUUUUCAGCUUGUUAUUACGAGAGUAUACGAAGAAGGCGACGAAGAGCUCUUUGAAGGCGAGGAAGAAACCGACGAAGAACGUUCCUUCCUAAUCAGCCACGAGCUCCAAUUCCGCACAUCCGAAAACGACGGCGAACCGACCUUCAUCUGGCGCGACAUGCAAGGCGGUGACGACGAGCUGUACGAGUUCGAUGCGACGGGGACGAACGAGCCGACGCGGGCGUUGUUCGAGACGUGCAUGUAUCGCGCGAUGUAUGAGAGGAAGUAUAAGAAGAGCGCGGAGGGGACGAGUGAUGCCGAUUUGGCGGAGUUUAUUUGGAGUCCCGAGUCACCGAAAGCUAAGGGAAAGACAAAGGCGAAGGCCAAGGGAACUUCAAGGAAGAAAACAACCUCAAAGGACGAAGACUCCCUCACAGGCGCCAUGGAAAACCUGACCGUCAAACCCGACCCCGACCCCUCACCCCCCUCACCAUCCUCACCUCCUCCCGCCUCCCCCACCGCCUCUCAAUCCCCAUCCCAGCCUCAAUCCCAAUCCCAACCCCCCUCUGAACCCACCCUCGACGGCGCCGAACUCGCCGACGAAGCCGCCUCGCUCUGGUUCUGGGACGUCACAAACGGCGAAUUCGUGCUCCAUGCGGCCGAAGUGUCCGCGAAGAUCGUCCAGCCGCGGGGUACGGGUGGAGGUGGCGUGUUGGAGUAUUAUCUCUGCGCGACGGACGAGGAGGGGAAUCAGAUUCUUGGGCAUAAGAUGACGGAGGAUAUGAUGGUGCGGUGGGCGAAUCAGAUCACGGCGUUGACGUGGAGUAAUAUGAGUGUCGUGGAGGGGCAGGGAGAGGGGGAGGGGGAGGGAGAGGGGCAGGGGCAGGGGAGGAUGACGUGUUGGUGUUUUAGGUUUUUGUCGGAGGAGGCGUAUCAGUCGUUUAGGGCGCAGUUUGUGGUAAGGAUGUGGGAGACGAUGCAUCAGACGCCUUGGGAGAAGGCGAAGCCGGACGAGCAGAUAUAUUUCCAGGAGUCGAUUGUUGAGGAUGUGGAGAUGAAGGAUGUGGAGGACGAGGACGAAGAAGAGGACGAGGACGCAGUCGCUGGGGAACUUGAAGAAGAAGAGGAGGAUGAAGACCAAGAGGGGCCAGAAGAUAGUGAUGCGCCGAGGAUGGCACCAGGUCGUAACUCCCAACUGACGGUUGGGUACAGGGGAGACAGGUCCUAUGUUCUUCGAGGCAACUCUAUAGGCGUGUUCAAUCGCAAGAACGACCAUACCGUCGGCUAUUAUGGUACCAUUAGCAGUAUCACUGAUACGAAGGGCAAGUCGUUCAAUCCUUCACAUAUCAUGCUGCACGAGCAAGACAGCAAGAUGGUAGUCAUGAACCCUAACGACCCCAACUCGCUCUACUCCCUCGACCUCGAACGCGGCAAGAUCGUCGAACAAUGGAAAGUAGACGAGAACCUCUCCGUGAACGCGAUCGCGCCAGACAACAAACUCGCACAAACGACGGCCGAACACACCCUCGUCGGAACCUCGCACAACUCCCUCUUCCGGAUCGACCCCCGCGUCUCGGGGAACAAACUCGUGCAGAGCCAGUUCAAGCAAUACGUCUCGAAGAACAAGUUCUCCGGCGUGACGACGACGGGCUCGGGCAAGCUCGCCGUCGCGAGCGAGAAGGGCGAUAUCCGGCUGUUCGACGCGAUUGGGAAGAAUGCGAAGACGGCGCUGCCGCCGCUGGGCGAUCCGAUCGUCGGGAUCGAUGUGACGAGGGACGGGAGGUGGAUCGUGGCGACGACGAGGACGUAUUUGUUGUUGAUUGAUACGUUGAUUGGGAGCGGGAGGUAUGAGGGCAGUUUGGGCUUCGAUAGGAGUUUCCCGGCGGAUGCGAAGCCGCAGCCGAGGAGGUUGCAGUUGAGGUCGGAGCAUGUUGCGUAUAUGAAUCAUACCAUUUCGUUGACGCCUGCGAGGUUCAAUAUUGGAGAGAACGCAGAAGAGAACGCGAUUGUGACGUCGACGGGACAGUAUAUUAUUGCUUGGGACUUUGCGAAGGUCAAGAAGGGCCAGAUGGACAAAUACGAGAUCAAGAAGUACGAAGACCUCGUAGUCCAGGACAACUUCCGCUUCGGCGACGACAAGGAGAUCAUCGUCGCGCUGCAGAACGACGUCCUCUCGGUCAACAAGAAGGCACUCAAGAAACCUACCCGUACUUCGCUUGCUCCAGCCAUCCACGGGAGUCGUUCGGGCAUCGUCAAUUCGCCGUAUUAGGCCUGUCUUCGCUCACGACUCUUGCCUAUUUUCAACGAAUUCUUUCGGUCCACACCGUUUUGAUCUCCACCUGUCUUUCUCUGUUCUUUAUCCUUUAUCGUGGUUUGGUUUUUUCGAGUUUUACUUAUCUUUUGUCACUGUUUUCAUCCCUGUGGUGUUUGCGGGUCUCUUUUUAUGUUGUUUUGUUUCUGCUGAGCUGGAGUUGGUCCGAUCUUACACGUAUCGAUAGCGCCAAAGGGGUGAAGUGUGGUUCAUUGUAAUACGUAUUGUAUUAUGUAGGUCGUUCCUUCCGUGGUUCUUUGUGGUUCAGGGGUUUUAUAUACCGGUCGGCGAGCUAUGUAGCAGGUCGAGUGGCAAUAUACAAGGUUUCUCUGAU